AGCCAUGGCGGUUGAAAAUCCCAUCCUGCCCGUCAAGGGCAAGAAGAACGUGCUCAUCACCAGCGCCCUGCCGUACGUGAACAACGUGCCUCACCUGGGCAACGUCGUCGGCAGCGUGCUCAGCGCCGACGUCUACUCGCGCUUCAGCAAGCUGCGCGACCGGCCGACGCUGUACAUCUGCGGCACGGACGAGUACGGCACGGCGACGGAGACCAAGGCCCUGGAGACGGGCCAGACGCCGCAGGAGCUGUGCGACGAGUUCCACGUCAAGCACAAGGAGAUUUACGACUGGUUCGAGAUUGGCUUCGACUACUUUGGCCGCACGUCGACGAAGAAGCAGACGGAGAUUGUGCAGGACAUCUUCCUCAAGCUGCACGAGCGCGACUAUCUCGAGGAGCGGACGACGAAGCAGCCCUACUGCGAGAAGCACGACUCCUUCCUGGCGGACCGGUUCGUCGAGGGAACGUGCCCCAAGUGCAACUACGACGACGCCCGCGGCGACCAGUGCGACAAGUGCGGCAGCCUGCUGGAUCCGUUUGAGCUCGUCAACCCGCGGUGCAAGGUCGACGGCGCCACCCCCGUGCCCCGAGACACGACGCACGUCUUCAUCCGCCUCGAGAAGCUGCAGCCCGAGAUUGAAAAGUGGUUCCAGGACGCUCACAAGAAGUACGGAUGGCCUCAGAACGGCGUGUCCAUCACGCAGUCGUGGUUGACAAAGGGCCUGGAGCCCCGCAGCAUCACGAGAGAUCUCAAGUGGGGUGUGCCGGUUCCCCUGCCUGGGUAUGAGAAGAAGGUCAUCUACGUGUGGUUCGACGCCUGCAUCGGCUAUCCUUCCAUCACGGCCAACUAUACCGAUCAGUGGGAGCAGUGGUGGAAGAAUCCCGACGAGGUCACCCUCUAUCAGUUCAUGGGCAAGGACAAUGUGCCCUUCCACACAGUCAUCUUCCCCGGAUCCGAGAUUGGCACUGGAUACAAUUGGACACUGCUGAACCACCUCUCCACCACCGAGUACUUGAACUACGAGAACGGCAAGUUCUCCAAGUCAAGAGGCAUCGGUGUCUUCGGCAACCAGGCCAAGGAGAUUGGCCUUUCGCCGUCCGUCUGGCGGUACUACCUCCUCUCGAACCGGCCGGAAACCAGUGAUACCCAGUUCGAGUGGCAGGCGUUCCAGCUGGCCAACAACAGCGAGCUCCUGGCCAACUUUGGCAACUUUGUCAACCGAAUCAUCAAGUUUGUCAACGCCAAGCUGGACGGUGUUGUUCCCGAGUUCAACCCAUCCUUCAAGGAUGAGACGUUUGACUUUUCCGCCUGGGUCGAGACGGUCAACGGCCUGCUGAAGGAAUACGUCGACCUUAUGGAGAAGGUCCACAUCCGUGCUGGUGUCAAGGCCAUCAUGGAGAUUAGCAGGGAGGGCAACAACCUUUUGCAGGGCCGACUGGACAAUGCCAACUUGGCCGAAAACCCCGAGCGGACACACACCACCAUCGGCCUGGCUCUCAACCUCUGCCACCUUUUGGCCUCUGUGGCCUCGCCGUACAUGCCCUCGACGAGCGAGUCCAUCUGCAAGCAGCUCAACAGCGAGCUGGCGUUCAUCCCCGACGUCUGGGACCCCACCGCCAUCAAGCCCGGCCACAAGAUUGGCAAGGCCGCCUAUCUGUUCACCAGGAUAGACGACAAGAAGAUUGAGGAGUGGAAGGACAAGUUUGGCGGCACGGCCGAGACCCGCGCCGCCGAGGAGGCCGCUAAGAGGAAGAAGCAGGAGGACAAGGAGAAGAAGAAGGCCAAGAAGGCGGCCAAGGCUGCCGAAGCUGCCAAAAAUGCUGGGGCUGCCAAGGCCAAGGCUGAGGGUGCUCCAGUGGACGCCAAGGCCCAGGAUGAGGCCUCUGCCGCUGGAGGCAUGGCGGCGUCUUCUGCCGAGGUGACCAAGGACUUGCCGAUCCGUGAGAAGAAGACCGUAGACCAGAACUAGAAGACGAGAAAU